UGCAUUUUGCAUUUCGUUAGCAUCCAGUUUUGUUUACCAGCAGUUAACGCACGCAAACGAAUCGCGCAGCAGCCGACACCAACAGUUAAAAAAAAUUUAUAUAUAUUAAAUACAAUUGUAUUUAGUUGCAACAGCUUUUAGAUUACUUUUAAAUGAGUUAACAACCAAUAACCAAUCACAAAUGUGUGUUUUAAAGGAAAAAUAACAAAAUCCAAUACUUUUCCCGAAAUAAAUUCAAUAAAAAUAAAUAUUAUCCACUUAGUAUUCCAAAAUUAGCAGCCCGUUGGUGCAUCUUACUCACACACAAACGCAGCAAUUUCUUCCCAUUCAAUCGUGCGACCUUGCCCCAGUUCAUAUCAGUGUUGGUCAAACGUUCAACCAACCCCUCUAUAUAGCAAGAGCCAACGAACUGAAUAUACAAACAAACAAAGAAACGUACAUACAUACAUACAUACGUAUUUAUAUAUAGCCACACUGCUAUAUAUUGCCAUGGUUGAGGAAGGCGGCUGCCUCAGACAAACAGGCGCUUCACUGUCGACCAGUAUGGUGUCCAACGCUGGCUCAAUCAACAAUGUCAAGGGCGCUAAAUAUGUAUGGUCAGAUCGUGAAUUGCUUAUGCACUUACAAAAUUAUACACCACUAAUAUUACUUAUUGACUUUGUGGAGAAGACACGUACUAAACGCUUUUAUGAAGCGGGUGAACGCUAUGAAAUACUAAUGCUUAUCUUUAUUAUGCGAAAGGGUGCACCGUUUUGUGAGAAUAAACGUUUUCCAGAGGAGUAUUGGGUGAAUCUAUCUGUGGGUCCCAUUGCUGAGGCAUUUGAUCGCCUAUCGGCAGCCAUUGAUAUACCAGAUCCCCAAUUACCCAUACAUAUGACUGUUACUGAUUUGACAAGUUGGAAGCAACAGUUCGAUGCCGCUAUAUUGGAUAUACGUCGAUUUGCUUACUAUACGGAGCCACAGCAAUUAGCUGAGGUGGGUGUUUACAAUCGUACUACGUUUGAGGAACGCUUCGGUUUGCAUUGGCGCGUUGAGUAGAGUUAAAGAUGGACUCUUGUUGAGGUUGUUGUUUCACAAGCAUCAAGUGGUGGUACGCUGUUGAAUUGUUUUUAAUUGUUAUUUCCGCUGUGUGCUUUACUUCGUCGAUUUUAGCGCUUAUAUUGGUCACUUUUACUUCCGCUUCCGUUAUGGCAGAAAAAGAAGGCAAAACGAAUUUUGAAAACGAGAGUGUGAGAAAAAAAACGAAACUGUGCCUUUAUACUUGCAAAUUGAACAAUUCACUGAUAGAAGGGGAAUCUAUAAGAAUGUUUGUAUGUAUGUGAAAAAAGAAAUGAAAAUAUUAAAAAAAAAAUAUGUAUAUAAAUAUAUACAAACCAGCACACGUUAUUGAAAUGAUCAGUAAAUCUUGAGGACUAAUUAAAGGAAUUUACAUAUGUAUGUACGUGCAUACAUAUAUAUAUAUUGUAAGAUGGUACAUCUAAACAGAAAUUGUGACUUCCGUUCAAACAAUCAACUUGAAUUUAAAAAAAAGAAAUAUGUAUUUAUGUAUGCCUAAGGAAAU